AAAUCCGGAAGGUGGGUCCUAGUAUUAUCCAGAUAGAUCAUACGUGGCAUCAUUACAGCCGUCGAAGUGAUUGACUUAAAAAGGUCAAACCUUGAAUCUCAUCUCUCUCGUCUCCCCUCGGCGAUAAGGAAAUAUCUAACCAGACCGGCCCAAGGAGCGGGCAAAAUCAGAAAGCAUUUGAUCUUCAAACUCUUGGGUUCUUCUCUGAUUGAAAAUGAGCUUAUCAUCGCCAACCAGUGCUUGUAGCUCGUCCAGAUGUUACUCCUCGGGAUUAUCGUUUCCGAUUGGAUUUGGAUCGAAUCCCAUCAAUGUGGGAUUGGUUUGUUACCCAAAAAGAUACAGUAUUGCUGCUCGGAAGUUCGUAGUGGCUUGCUCCUCCUCCUCUUCCGAUCCACUUUUGGUUAAGGCUGCAAAAGGGCAAGCCAUAAGUCGUCCUCCAGCUUGGAUGAUGAGGCAAGCAGGAAGGUAUAUGGCUGUUUACCAAAAGCUCGCCAAGAAACAUCCGUCCUUCAGAGAGAGAUCAGAGAACACUGAUCUAAUAGUGGAAAUCUCUUUGCAGCCUUGGCAAGCAUUCAGACCAGACGGUGUCAUCAUUUUCUCUGACAUCCUCACCCCUUUACCUGCAUUCGGUGUCCCUUUUGAUAUUGAAGAGGUAAAAGGUCCUGUAAUCCAAUCUCCUAUCCGAACUGAAGAAGAUAUGAAGAGAUUACAUCCCAUUGAUUUCGAGAAACUACAGUUUGUUGGAGAUUCUCUCAAGAUUUUGAGACGAGAGGUUGGGGAACAUGCUGCGGUGUUGGGUUUCGUUGGAGCGCCUUGGACAAUUGCAACAUAUAUUGUUGAAGGAGGAACAACUCGAACAUAUACAGUCAUAAAGAAUAUGUGCCACACUGCACCAGAUGUAUUGAGAGCUCUAUUAUCUCAUUUAACCAAGGCCAUUACCGAGUAUGUGGUUUACCAAGUUGAGCACGGAGCUCACUGCAUACAAAUAUUCGAUUCCUGGGGUGGCCAACUGACUCCGGAGAUGUGGGAGCGCUGGUCCAAACCAUACAUUGAAGAGAUCAUACAUGCUGUAAAGAAAAGAUGUCCAGAUACGCCGAUAGUUUUCUACAUCAAUGGAAAUGGUGGCCUUCUUGAGCGAAUGAAAGGAACUGGAGCUGAUGUUAUUGGACUUGACUGGACUGUAGAUAUGGCUGAUGGAAGGAGGCGAUUGGGAAGCGAGGUAAGUGUGCAGGGAAAUGUUGAUCCAGCUUACCUAUUCUCUCCGCUUCCUGCUUUGACCGAAGAAAUUGAAAGAGUUGUGAAGUGUGCUGGACCAAAAGGGCAUAUUCUCAAUCUAGGACACGGUGUCUUGGUAGGGACACCAGAGGAAGCCGUGGCUCAUUUCUUUGAAACCGCUAGAAACUUGGAUUACCAAACACUUUUCCAAAAUCAUGUUCCUGCAGAAAAAGCUGAACCUGAAUUGGUUGUCUGAGAAAUGGUGACUAGACAAGUGCCUACGCCGAAGAAUUUGCUGUUUAAGUUUUGUGAACAUAUGUCUGAAUCUCUUAAACUUGGUGCAGGAAUGAGAGAAAAAGUUCCAUGUCUGACCCUUAAUCGAUGCUAGAGUUGGUAACUUGCUAUGAGAUAUAUGCGAAGCUGUCCAGUUUUUGUUUGGCUUGCUUGAGGAUUUCCAAUCUUCUGGACCAAGCUCUGCUUAACGUUUAACAAUGUAUUGAGUUGCUCCUAGGCUUCAAAUGUUGCUGCUUCUUUUGGAGAUAUGACUCUGGUUAAAGUUUAACCAAACAUUCAUUUAUCUGGUUAAUCUCAAACCUUUGCUAUGUUUGUUAUCCCACUUUUUUCAUAUGGUUCUUUCUAGAUCUCUGUAUCUGGUGUGUCUUCUCUCGUGAUCUCAACAUUCGAUGUGAAACCAGGUAGAUUGUAAUAUUGUAUCAUAGACUGCAAAAGAUAACGCAAAAGAGAAGUCUCUGAUCUCAACCUGAAUCAGACUUGUUAGGAGUCCCUCUUGUUUGGUUUAAUUCAAUUUUCCGGUUCGGAUUUCUG